ACGCUUGUAAAAGCUGGAAUUCUUUGGCCUAAUUGUGUCACCUACUUAGGUUGAAUUAGGAAAACCUCUUAAUACGUAUUAGCGCAUUGGGUAAGUUGUGUUUUGGCCGUCCGGACUACGGUUCGAGGGAGAACCCCAAGCAAUCCUUAGUCGAUUGGCCAAGAGAGCUACUUUGGUAGCUUGAUUCGAAAUCCCUUGGCCUAGUGACCGAGAGAGUGAUGGUUGUUCACUUAUUGCGCUUCCUACGGUAUACAACCGCCUUUAUCACACAUUUUCAUUCGAUCCAACAAAUCAUGAUUACAAGCUGGGGGGCAACACCCGGGUGAAGCCUUCUCAAUUAGUGUUCAAACUGUUUACUUUUCCAAUCGCUUUAGUUAUAAACCAUAGUUUUAACCAAAAACCAAUUGCUAGAUAAUGUUUCAAAUAAUUGAAGUAGGGGUACAUGGGUCGGCCCGGGUUUGACUUUUAAAACAUACUUGCCCUAUAUUGCACCCGGUUAAGGUUUAUACUUGGGCCUUAAUAUGAAAUUUUAUUGUGAUAUUCGGGAUGAGUCACUCCCGAGCGUGAAGACUAAAACCCCGACCGGGGAAUUGAGAGGUCUAGCAGGGAUCGGGGGGCUGCUUCCGCUGAUAUGUUUUUCCUUUACUUUUGGGAUUAGGUUUCUCAAUACUUAAGAGACGGGUUUUCCAUGUUAUUUUGGGCCUAUACUUAUGAAACCUAUAUAAGAGGCUGAACUAAUUCUUUUGAAACUAAUUUUUUCUUGAUCAUGGAAUCGAUUCAGCAAGAAGGAACCCGACAAUAUUGUAUACUUGGCCAUGUUCCCUACGCGUGGAAUAGGUUUGGAUUAUUCUUUGUUUAUGUUGAUUGUGCUUCUAUAAUCCAAGUAUUAUAUUUAUCUUGUAGAAAAUUACAACUCAAUUUCUCUCGCUUUCAUAAACAAUAUUGUAAUAAAACGUAAAGUAACAUUGGCAUUUUAAGAAAAUUUUCACUUUAUAUAAAAAAGAUUAUGUAUAAUUAUUCGGGAUGGUGAAGAUGGAUUUUCUCGAACCAAACAUGAGUAGAUUUUGAUAAUGCAACUUUACAUCUUGCCUAACUUUAAUUUCGAAUAAAGUACCAAUUUAAAAUCGUGGUUGGGAAUGAUGUAUAGAAAAAGCUGUACACCAACCCGCUGCCAUCCUAUAAAUCUACCAUAUUUUUAUCUAUUUUAUGGGACCGCAAAAAUAUGGCAGUAACCCAUAGGUCAGUAAUUGUACAUAACCCAACCAUCAGCCGCCAUAUCAGCGCACACCCUCUCUCCUGGAAAGUAUUUAAUCUUUUUUUUAAUCUUUAAUGGAUGAUUUCUCUCUCGUUUUAAGUCAAAAUUUAAAUUUUUUUGCACAAAUAAAUCAGAUUAAUUGUGCUCUUCAAUUGAUAUUAACAUAAGAGCAUACCAUAUGGUAUGAAAGGAUACCAUGGUGGUAUGAACAUAUCAAGACUGUAGGAUGGUUGAAUACAAGAUAGUAGGAGUAUACUAACUGGCAUUUAUGAUUUUCAACAUCGUGUACCACAUUAUACCACACCACCACAUACCAGGGUGGUAUAGUAUGAUAUUUUUUUGUCCUGUAUUUUUUUCACCCAUAAUUUUUUUAGAUCCAAUAGAUCAUAAUUAACUUGUUACUCCUGUGCAAAAACUUUCGAAAAUGACUUAAAACGAAGGAGAUACCAUAUGGUAUGGAGUUGGUAACGAGGGUAUGAAAUUCUUUUACUAAAAAAUUAUUGAAAUAUAUAUCUUAUUUUUUAGAGCAUAACCAACUCGUUCCAUCUGUGCAAAAAAAUUUGAAAUCCGAGUUAGAACGAAGAAGAUAAGAGCCGAUUAAAAAAACUAGAAAAAAUUAAAAAAAAAACCUUUAAUUCCCAACCCUUAGAUUUGCAGCCCACUUAAAAAAAAAGGUUCCAGAUUUGAUUGUUAACCACCUUAAGGUUACUCACCCUAACUUGAGCCCUAUUACCAUUGGUAUUCAACCGAAUAUGAAUCGAUUUGGUUGGAGAAAAUAUCAUAAAUUAUUUUGUUUUGGAUUUUCUACGGAAUCCAAUAAAGAGGGUACUGAGUUUGGUAUUUUAAGUAUCCAUACCAAACUCACCUCAAUAUGUGCCACAACUAUGGGUUAGACUCACUGUAUUUAGCAUUUCGGUCAUUCAUAUCAUCCAAGUAUUAUAAUUAUCUCGUAGAAAACUCUAACUCACUUUCUCUCGCUUUCCUAAACAAUAUCGUAACAAAACUUAAAGCAACAUCGGCAUUUUAAGAAAAUUUUCACUUUAUAUAGAAAAAAUUAUAUAUAAUUAUUCGGGAUGGUGCGGAUGUAUUUUCUCGAACCAAACACGAGUAAAUUUUGAUAAUGCAAUUUCACAUUUCUGCUUAACUUUACUUUCAAAAAAAUUACCAAAUUUAAAAGCGUGGUUGCGAAUGAUGUAUACUUGUACAGAAAAAGUGGCUAUAGACCAACCCGCGCUGCCAUCCUAUAACUCUCCCAUAUUUUUUGUGAUCUAUUUUACCCCAAGCAAAGGGAAAGAUUCUGUUGGCCCGCCUCAUGUGGCUCAACAAUAGCCAACGAGCCAAGCGGUGGAAAUAAAAAAAAAAAAAACUUAAAUGCAGUUGGGGAGAUGGAUAGCAGAUAGAUCCAACCAAUUGCAAUCAAUUGGUUCCCCAUUUCCUCUGCUAUAAAAGGGAACAUGGUUCUCCCUUUUUCAAAAUCAUCCUUCACCAUUUCAUACUUUUCCAAUUCAUUUGCUCUGCUUCUGUUCGUAUUUCUUUUGUGGGUUUUGGUAGUGAAACGUUUUCACUACCACGGGUAGAUAGGAGAAUUCUUGUGAGUGAAAUAGUGAGGUUGUUCCGGGAAACACCGAGUGUUCUAUUUCCUUGUAUCUUGAAAUUCUCUGUAACCUACUGUUGCAAUAGUGAAGAAAUACUCUGGAGCUGUUGUUCCCGUGGACUGGCCCUAAAUCAGGGUAUACCACGUAAAUCCUCUGUGACAUUUAUUAUUGUCUAUGCUUGUUGUCAUUUUGAGAAUAGUCGUAGUAUAUUGCGUUAUUAAAUUACCGAAGUAAAUUGAUCUAAGUAAGUUGGUUACCGUAAUUCUGGAGGCUCUGCCACCAGGUCCAACUUACCUGUGAACUUUUUACAAGCGUGUGAUUUUUUAAUCCAAUAUAUUUACCCGCUAUUCUCACCCGCUGCGCCCAACAAGUGGUAUCAGAGCCACGUCCAAUGGAGGCAAAAACAAGCAAGAUGAUAAGUCUGAAUGGCUCCAACUAUCACAUAUGGAGAAACAAGAUGAAGGAUCUCCUACUCGUGACGGAGUUGCAUUUGCCGGUGUUUAGCCCAACUAAACCUGAUGGCAAAACUGAAGAGGAAUGGGAGUUCAAGCAUGAGCAAGUAUGUGGCUACAUUCGACAGUUCGUCGACGAUAAUGUAUACAACCACAUUAGCGGAGAAACUCAUGCCAGAACUCUGUGGAACAAGCUGGAGGCACUUUAUGCAUCAAAGACCGGCAACAACAAAUUAUUUUAUCUGACCAAGUUGGUCCAGAUGAAAUACAAGGAAGGCAAAUCCUUGGCGGAUCACUUGAACGAAAUUCAAGGGAUCGUGGAUCAGUUGUCCGGUAUGGGCAUAAAGAUGGAAGAUGAGGUGGUCGCUCUCCUCGUUCUGGCUUCCCUUCCAGAAUCUUGGGAGACGCUAAAAAUUUCACUUACCAACUCUGCAAAAGAUGGAGUUAUAAACAUGGAGAUUGUCAAAAGCGGAGUCCUGAACGAAGAGAUGCGAAAAAGAUCACAAGGUGCAUCCUCAUCAUCUUCCCAGUCAGACCUUCUGAUAGUGGAUUCCAGAAGCAGAGGAAGAAGUGAAGCUAGAGGCUCAAAGCAAAGAGGCAAGAGUCGAGGGAAGUCCAACAAGUUUGCCAACAUCCAAUGUCAUCACUGCAAGGAAAAGGGCCACAUCAGAAGAUUUUGCCCAAAGUUCAGAAAUGAGAGAAAGAAGGGCAAACGAGAUGAGAACAGUGAUGAUGAUGGUGCAAACUCUGUAGAUGAGUUCAAUAUUGUCUACGAGGAAGAUGUUGUCAACCUGACAACCCAGGAGACAAGCUGGGUGGUUGAUAGUGGUGCUACCAUCCACGUGACGUCCAAGAGAGAAUUUUUCUCAUCUUACACACCAGGUGACUUUGGUGUGGUAAGAAUGGGAAAUGGUAAUCUUUCUAAAGUUAUCGGAAAAGGAGAAGUCUGCUUGGAGACGAUGAAUGGUACGAAGCUACUGCUGAAGGAUGUCAGGCAUGUUCCAGAAAUGCGCCUGAAUCUCAUCUCUGUAGACAAGUUGGAUGAGGAAGGUUACUGCAACACCUUUCACAAUGGCCAGUGGAAACUCACCAGAGGCUCCUUGGUGUUGGCCAAGGGCAAGAAGCUGUCAAAGCUGUAUGUGACGGAAGCCAAGAUCUCCCCAGAGAUUGUCAACUCAGCGGAGAAUGGUGACACAAUUGAAUUGUGGCACAAACGGCUCGGUCACAUGAGUGAGAAGUCCAUGGCAAAGUUGGCCCAGAAGAAGGUCAUAGUUGGGUUGGAUCAAGUUCAUCUAAAGAAGUGUGUCGAUUGCCUUGCGGGAAAGCAAAAUCGAGUUGCUUUCAAAAGUUCCAUCCCUUCAAGAGCAAAGAACGUGUUGGAUCUAGUUCACUCAGAUCUCUGUGAACCCGAUGUCAACGUCAAAUCACUUGGAGGUGCCAGAUAUUUCGUGACAUUCAUUGAUGACCAUUCACGGAAGACUUGGGUGUAUACCUUGAAGACCAAGGAUCAGGCCCUAGACGUUUUCAAACAAUUCUUGGCCCUGGUGGAGAGGGAAACUGGCAAGAAGCUGAAGUGCAUCCGGACUGACAAUGGUGGAGAGUACAGAGGUCCGUUUGCUACCUUCUGCAAGGAACAUGGAAUUCGGCAGCAAUUCACACCACCAAAGACGCCGCAAUUGAAUGGGCUAGCUGAGAGGAUGAACAGGACCCUGCUAGAGAGAGUCAGGUGCUUGUUAUCACACUCGAAGCUACCACAAUCUUUCUGGGGGGAGGCACUGCUUGCAGCAGUUUAUGUGUGGAACAGGUCACCUAGUGUGCCACUGAAGUAUGACGCCCCAGAGAAGGUGUGGACAGGAAAAGAAGUUUCCUACAAACAUUUGCGGGUGUUUGGUUGCAAGGCCUUUGUCCAUAUUCCAAAGGAUGAAAGGUCAAAGUUGGAUUCAAAGACGCGACCGUGUGUAUUCAUUGGCUAUGGUCAAAAUGAGUUUGGCUAUAGAUUCUUUGAUCCAAUCCAGAAGAAGCUUAUCAGAAGCCGUGAUGCUGUUUUCAUCGAGAAUGAGACCAUCGAAGAUGUUGUUGCUAGGAAAGAAGUUCCUAGUACUGAUGCUAGCCAGCCAAACCUUGAGCUAGUGCCUCCAACACCAGCGCCUACAGAAGUUGGAGAAGAAGUACAACAUGAUCAGCCUGAGAUAGUUGAACCAAAUGCCCAUGUGGAGGUUCAACCAGAAGAUGCUGAUGAUGAUGGUCAACCACCAGCCAUAGAAGGUUCUCCUGUUCGAACAACAAGAUCUGGUAGAAUUUCACGACCGUCUACCAGAUAUCCCGAGACUGAAUAUGUCUCACUUACUGACGGCGGAGAACCAGAAAGCUUCACAGAAGCUAUGAAUGAUGAAGACAAGCAAAGGUGGAUAGAAGCCAUGCAAGACGAGAUGGAUUCCUUGUAUGAUAACAACACAUUUGAGUUGGUGAAGUUGCCAAAAGGCAAGAGAGCUUUGAAGAACAAGUGGGUGUUUAAGAUCAAGCAUGAUGAACACAACCGUCAGCCACGCUUCAAAGCCAGACUAGUCGUGAAAGGCUUCAGUCAAAGGAAAGGCAUUGACUUUGACGAGAUAUUUUCACCUGUGGUGAAGAUGACAUCCAUUCGUACUGUGUUGGGACUAGCAGCAAGUCUUAACCUGGAGGUUGAACAAAUGGAUGUGAAAACUGCUUUCCUUCAUGGUGAUUUGGAGGAAGAGAUUUACAUGGAGCAGCCAGAAGGCUUCAAGAAAGAGAAAAAUGAGGACUAUGUGUGCAGGCUCCGUAAGAGCUUGUAUGGCUUGAAGCAGGCACCAAGACAAUGGUAUAAGAAGUUUGAGUCUGUUAUGGGGGAGCAAGGCUACAUGAAGACUACUUCAGACCACUGCGUGUUCAUGAAGAAAUUUCCUGAUGGAGAUUUCAUCAUACUUUUGCUCUAUGUGGAUGAUAUGCUAAUUGCUGGGCAGAACGUCUCAAAGAUCAAUGAUUUGAAGAAGGAGUUGAGCAAGUCUUUUGCCAUGAAAGACUUGGGACCAGCAAAGCAAAUUCUUGGCGUGAGGAUCGUUCGAGAUCGAGGUGCCAAGAAGAUAUGGUUGUCACAAGAGAAGUACAUUGAGAAAGUGCUUCAACGUUUCCACAUGGAUAAUGCUAAGGCGGUUAGCUGUCCUCUUGCUAACCACUUUACAUUGACAUCCAAACAGAGCCCGUCUACUGAGAAGGAAAAGGCGGAGAUGGAUAAAAUUCCAUAUGCUUCAGCAGUGGGAAGUUUGAUGUACGCCAUGGUGUGUACAAGGCCAGAUAUUGCUCAUGCAGUUGGAGUUGUCAGUCGGUUUCUUUCCAAACCAGGAAAGGAACAUUGGGAAGCUGUGAAGUGGAUCCUCAGAUACCUUCGAGGUAGCUCCAAAAUGAGUCUAUGUUUUGGAGAUGGUGAACCUGUCCUUGUUGGCUAUACAGAUGCUGACAUGGCAGGCGAUGUUGAUUCGAGGAGGUCCACUUCUGGGUACCUGAUUACCUUAUCAGGGGGAGCAAUAUCGUGGCAGUCAAGGCUACAAAAGUGUGUAGCUCUUUCCACAACAGAAGCUGAGUAUAUAGCAGUAACGGAAGCAUGCAAGGAGAUGAUAUGGAUGAAGAAGUUCCUGAAUGAACUUGGGUUCCUACAGGAACAACCGCAGCUGUUCUGUGACAGUCAGAGUGCUAUUCAUCUUGCGAAGAAUGCUUCAUUUCAUGCUCGAUCAAAACAUAUCGAUGUUCGAUAUCACUGGAUUCGUGAUGUACUUGAAAUGAAGCAACUACAACUGGAGAAGAUCCAUACUGACGAAAAUGGAUCUGACAUGUGUACCAAGACUCUUCCAAGAGAAAAGUUUGAGUUCUGUCGAUCAGCUGCAGGAAUAAUGAAGUCGCCCAUGUAGUCGGGCGGGGGAGAAUUGUUGGCCCGCCUCAUGUGGCUCAACAAUAGCCAACGAGCCAAGCGGUGGAAAUAAAAAAAAAAAACUUAAAUGCAGUUGGGGAGAUGGAUAGCAGAUAGAUCCAACCAAUUGCAAUCAAUUGGUUCCCCAUUUCCUCUGCUAUAAAAGGGAACAUGGUUCUCCCUUUUUCAAAAUCAUCCUUCACCAUUUCAUACUUUUCCAAUUCAUUUGCUCUGCUUCUGUUCGUAUUUCUUUUGUGGGUUUUGGUAGUGAAACGUUUUCACUACCACGGGUAGAUAGGAGAAUUCUUGUGAGUGAAAUAGUGAGGUUGUUCCGGGAAACACCGAGUGUUCUAUUUCCUUGUAUCUUGAAAUUCUCUGUAACCUACUGUUGCAAUAGUGAAGAAAUACUCUGGAGCUGUUGUUCCCGUGGACUGGCCCUAAAUCAGGGUAUACCACGUAAAUCCUCUGUGACAUUUAUUAUUGUCUAUGCUUGUUGUCAUUUUGAGAAUAGUCGUAGUAUAUUGCGUUAUUAAAUUACCGAAGUAAAUUGAUCUAAGUAAG